CCAUCUUAUGGUUGAUGUUCUUGUUUCAGUGAAGAGGGCCUGUUUAAAGCACAUUUGGUUUUUCCUAAAGAAUAUCCUUUGAGGCCUCCAAAGAUGACAUUUAAAUCAGAAAUAUGGCAUCCAAACAUUGACAAAGAAGGUAAUGUGUGCAUCUCAAUCUUACAUGAACCUGGAGAGGACAAAUUUGGUUACGAGAAGGCUUCCGAACGCUGGUUACCUGUACACACUGUAGAGACUAUUUUAGUCAGUGUUAUAUCGAUGUUAGCGGACCCCAACGAUGAAUCCCCAGCUAAUGUAGAAGCAGCGAAAAUGUGGCGAGAACAACCGGAUGAAUUCAAGAGGACCGUGAGCAAGUGUGUUCGGAAGAGUCAAGAGGAUUUCAAUGACUAAAACAGAUUUUCUAAUUGAUUCAUUUUAAUUAAAAAUAAGAAGCAGGAUGGCACCAACGGCACCCAGUACCCGCAGGGGAAAACGUACAACCAACAAUAACAACAACAACA